AUGGCGCAAAAAACACCAAUCCUCCUCCUUAAAACCAAAUCCACCCCCUCCGACGCCUACGACGAAUACUUCACCAACAAAAACUACAACCCGCUCUUCAUCCCCGUCCUCUCGCACCAAUUCCACACCCAGAACCUCGCGCACAUCCGCGACCUCUUCAACGCUGGCGCAUUGAAACACGAUAACCCUGAACGGAAAUAUGGGGGGUUGAUAUUCACCAGUCAGCGCGCUGUGGAGGGGUUUGCGAGGAUGGUUGAGGAGGAUGUUGAUGGACAAAUAGCUUCGGAUUCUUUGAAAUCUCUCCCCCUCUACACCGUCGGCCCCGCAACAUCCCGCUCGCUAUCAUCGCUCGUUACCUCGCGCCUCCCGCACGCAACAAUCCACGGCGCGGAUACGGGGAAUGGGGAGAAUCUAGCACACUUCAUCCUGGAACAUUAUAACAGUCUAAUUGGGAAUAAAAACGGGAAAGGAGAGAAACUACCGCUUUUAUUCCUCGUUGGUGAACAGCGACGGGAUAUUAUUCCGAAGAUUCUUAUGUCGGAAGGGCUAGAGGGAGAGGCGAUUGGGGUGAAGGAGGUUGUUGUUUAUGAGACGUGUGUUAUGGAGUCUUUCGAAGGUGACUUUACUAAAAUCAUAGACUCUUAUAGAUUUGAGGAUAGUGAUGGUGAAGGAGAGAAGGUGAUGUGGGUGGUCAUAUUCUCGCCAACGGGCUGUGAUGCCAUGUUACGGGUUCUGGGACUGGGUUCUUCGAAAGAUAAUGGGGACGGGGUGUUAGUGGCACCCGGGAAGAGGGUGUUUGUUGCGACGAUUGGUCCUACGACGAGGGACCAUUUGCACUUGAAAUAUGAGUUCGCGCCGCAUGUUUGUGCUGAGAAGCCUAGUCAGGAGGGCAUUGGGGGUGGGAUUGAGAGGUUCAUGGAGGGGAGGAAUGGUAAAUAG